UCGCCUCUCGCAUCAUCCUCAACCACCUCCCUAGCCCUCAACUCGCCAACCAUGAGGGCAUCAACGUCGCAAUUGCGCAACCUCAUCGGGAGUGUCGCUAGCGCAACUUCUUCAUCACAAUCAGCAGCAGCAAGUUCAUCACGCCUUGCUGCUCCUUCACUGCGCUCCCUUCACUCCUCGCCCGCCCUCGACCCAAAGGACGCGGCCGCAGAUGCGCACCAGCCACCGCCUUCGUCAGCAGCAGCUACAGAGUCAGUCCUAUCUGGCACGCAAUAUGCCAACCUCGAGGCUCAGGCAAGCAGUGAUGCGCAAGUCUUUCUCCCCCUCACCCACCUCCACCCAACCACUCGCCCGCCUACACGCUCCCUCAUCCCCCUUUCUUCCCACGUAUUCGCCCAACAACCCCGAAAAGACAUCCUCCAUUCGGCCGUAGUGUACUACCUCGACUCGCUGCGCUCUGGCACAGCUUCCACCAAGACGCGCUCAGAGGUCAACUAUUCGGGUCGCAAGAUCCGCCAACAGAAGGGAAGCGGUAUGGCCCGUCUGGGUACGAGGGGAAGCCCUAUGUUGAGGGGAGGAGGAGUAGCUUUCGGACCCAAGCCACGGGAUUUCGCUACCGACCUGCCUCGUCGGGUACGAGAGCUCGCCCUCCGUUCAGCUCUCUCUGCCCGCUGGUUGGAGGGCAAAUUGCACAUCGUCCCCUCCCUUUUCUGGGACCCUCCUCCGGGCACCACAGGGCCGUUGAGUAGAGCGCUGGCCAGUCGCGGAUGGAAGGAGAAUACGCUCUUCCUCUCGGCACCGCGUCAUCCGGAGAGUCCGAUCAAGGAGGGGAUUCGACAGCGUCAGGGGAGACCCUCAGCGAUGGACCCUGUGUAUACGACGGAGCAGAGGGAGGAACAUGGCAAGGCUCUGGCCAACUUCAGUGCUGCGCUUGCGAAUUUGCCGCGUACGCAGCUGGUCCGCUUGGACUUGUUGACGCAAGAGGCGCAGGCUGCCGCCAAGAGGGGCAGUGAUGAGACGAAGAAGCCUGGAGAGCUCCACGCAUACGAGGUGGUGGCUAAGCAGAACGUGGUGAUGGACUUGGGUGCACUGGAAUGGUUGGAGGAGAAGCUGGGUGGCGCGGGGACUCAUGAGGAUAUGGCGCUGCUGGGGGAGAUGGAGGGCAUGAGCAUGGAGGAGGCAGAGAUUGACGAGGCUCGAGCGCAGGCGAUGGAGGAAGUGGAGAGGGCAGAGGGGGAGGUGGCUGCAAAGAGCGCGCCGUGAUUGCGCAAAGAGUGAAUGCAAUGGGUCAUACGAUCACGAGAG